AUGACGCGACGACUCCCCUGGGACCGUAAUGCACUGGAACGGACGGCAACCCAGAAGAAACAGACUGCAACGACACCUCGCAGAACCGCGACACCGAAUCGGGCUGUGUCUCGAGCAACAACAGCUGCUGCAUCGCCACUGGAUCACUCGAAUCAUAAACCAGCCCGCUCAAAUGGUUUCCUUGAAGGCAGAAGCCCUUCGGCUUCACCACCGCCAGAACCUCUCACAGAAACGUUCAUGACAGACGGUCUCGAAAACGACGACAAGUAUCGCAUGGUCGAGGACGAGCUCGUCACAAUCGCAGGCCACUUCACAGCACACCUCCACGCAGCAGAAUACCAACGCCUCAAAGCCCAAACACGCACCCAAAACGCAGAAACCAUCAAGACCAUUUCCCGCCCCGUCGUCGGCUCCCUCACCGAGCUCGCCCGCAAACGCCAGGAGGAGCUGCUCUCUAAGAAGAAGCAGCGCGAGGCGCUGCGCCGCGCAAAGAGGGACGCCGGCCGCGCCGACGAGGACACCGGGGACGAGACGAGCGUGCCAUGGCGGGGCACGUCGCUGCAGGGGCUCAUGCACAGUCCCAAGAAGAAGGAGGUGCCGCUGAUGGCGCUGACGAGGACGGAUUCGGGGGUGAGGACAUCGGCCUCGGGGCUGUUUGGGGGCGUGGUGAGGUCUUCUCAGAGCAGGAGGCCGGCGGCGCCGGUGAAGAGGAGGACGCCGGUGGAUGAGGCGACGACGGAAGAUGAGAGUGAUGACCUUGGAGGACCCGUCAAGGCUCCGGUCAGGAGGAAGACUGAACACAGUCGACCGGCAAGAUCGGCUUACCCAGCAAAACCCAUUGCAAAGGUCCAAAGCCGACCCAGCAAUCAGCAACGAACGACGCAUCCAAGCAGCGCGCGGCUACCCGACGCGAAGGCGCCUUCAAAUGGAGGAACAGCGGCUCCGAAACCGAUCCCAUCAGCCGGAGCGGCUACGAACACACCACCUACAAAUGAUGAAGACGAUGACGAUGACGACGAUGAUCUCUUCAUGAGACUCAAGAACCGGAGAGCAAACUCGAGGCCUCAACGGCGGGCUCCAGUCAAGAAGGAAAAACCAGACUCAAAGGAAACCGGAGACAUCAUUCCCUCAUUCAUAUGA